CGCGCGGACGCGGCUUCCUUACCUCAUUUGUCCUCGCCCCUCCCCGUUCCUCUACGUGUUUCGGUUCCUGGUUGGUGCUUCCUGGUCGCAGCCGCGGCAGUGACAUUAAGGUAACUGAAUUUCCAUAAUGUUUGGUGGCUAUGAGACCAUAGAAGCAUAUGAAGAUGAUCUUUAUCGAGAAGAUUCAUCUAGUGAACUAAGUGUUGAUAGUGAGGUGGAAUUUCAGCUCUACAGCCAAAUUCAUUAUGCCCAGAGUAUACAUAAUGCCAGCACGGAGGAAGGGUAUGAGGAAAAGAACUGUGGGAAUUCAGAGACAAUGAGUAUUCAACCAAACCAGAAGAACUUAAUCGUCCUUUCAGAUAGUGAGAUUAUCCAGCUAUCAGAUACACCAGAAGUCAUCACAUUAUCUGAUGAGGAUAGUAUUUAUAGAUGUAAAAGAAAAAACCUCAAAGUCCAAGCACAAGAAAAGGCCCAAAGACUUGCUUCUCCUCAUUCUAAUAAAGCAGCUAAGAAAUUCAAGAGGGCUGGUGAGAAGCCCGAAGAGAGAUCAAGUAUGGGCCAAGAGGUCAUGAUCAUAGAGGUCAGCUCAGAUGAAGAGGAAGAAAGUGCCACCUCAGAGAAUGAAAAUGUGGAAAGCUGGAUGCUCCUGGGAUGUGAAGAAGAUGAUAAGGACAGUGGCAUCCUUCUUAAUCUUGUGGGGUGUGAGAACACUGGUGCUGAAGGAGAAGAUGAUGUAAACUGGUUCAUCAGUGACAAAGACAUCGAGGCCAAGAUAGGCAAUAACAGAUCAACUGGAAGAUGGACCAACCGAUACUAUUCAGCCAACAAAAAUGUCAUAUGUAGAAAUUGUGAUAAACGUGGCCAUUUGUCAAAAAACUGCCCCUUACCACAAAAAGUCCGGCCCUGCUGCCUCUGCUCGGAGAGAGGACACCUCCAGUAUGGUUGCCCAGCCCGUUUCUGCUUAGACUGCUCCUUGCCCAUGUCUUCUACCCACAGAUGCCUUGAAAGAUCUUCCUGGAAAAAACGAUGUGACCGAUGUGAUAUGACAGGCCACUAUGCUGAUGCUUGCCCAGAAAUCUGGAGGCAGUAUCACCUAACGACCAAACCUGGACCACCUAAAAGACCAAAGACCCCUUCUGGACAAUCAGCAUUGGUGUAUUGCUACAACUGUGCACAGAAAGGGCAUUAUGGGCAUGAGUGUACAGAAAGACGAAUGUUUAACCAGACAUUUCCAACAUCUCCAUUCAUCUACUACUAUGAUGACAAAUACGAGAUCCAGCAGAGAGAUCGGAGAAUAAAGCGAAAAGUGAAAGAAAUCCAGAAAAAUGGAGGUUUCCCAAGGCGGUUCAAAAGACCACAUGUAGAAGAGACAGAUCAGAGGCAGCACCAUGGUGUGAGAAAAAGCCAUUCCUCGAGAAAAAGCAGUAGGUGGCCUCGAGAAAAUAAAGAAACACACAAAGUAGUGACCAGGGAUAGAGAAGGCGGGAGGCACAGGUGGGGUCACCGGCAUCGUGAUGAGGAUGAAGACUUCCCCAGGGGCUCCAAACCUCCCUCCUCUGGAAGUGCUAACAAUCGAAAGCCCUCCAGGUCCCUUUCCCAUUCAUCCCACUACCACAGGCUGCGAGAAGAGAAGCUUCUCAGAGAGGGCAGGCGGAGCAAGCCGAAGAAAAGGAAAUGCACAGAAGAGGGCAGCAACGAUAAUUUAUUUCUUAUUAAGCAAAAGAAGAAAAAACCUAAGCUGUGAGGUGGUUUCUGACCUGGCCUUCACAUUACAACAUUCUGGCAGGGCUUUGUUGUCUGUUAAAUGAAGGGGGCUUUAGGUUUUGAUUGCUGAAUUUCAGCCAUACCUAGGGUUGCUGCACAGAGAGCUCAGUUCUGUGUCUCAGACUGUCAUUAGAUAGAAAGGUAAACUUAGCUUUCAGUUCCCAUACCAAUUUUACUUGAGAUAGAACACUUUUCUUUUUUUCAAAAAAAAAAACAAACCUUUUUAAAUGCUUUGAAAAAAAAUUACAAGUUCACCAGAUAUAAUUUAUCUACAUUAUUUGAGUACUUGAAGCUCAUUGGAAGGCAGAUUGCUAUUAAUUAAAAAAAAAAAAAAAAAAAUCCACCACUUAUUUAGCAUUCUUUUUUAAAAACACUGAAAAAAAAAAAAUCAAUGAAAAUCCAAACACAGCUUUGCUUGCUUCAGAGGCUGUUGGACUCUUUCUCUGGACAGAACAGCAAAGGCUGACUGUGAAAAUGAAGAUGUCAUCAUUGCAUCGUGGAAGAGGGCAGAGAAGAGGCCAUAGCAGAGGACUCAUACAGACUCUGCAGGGUAGGCACACAAGGCAGAGUCCAUAAGACUUCAGCAUGAUCACAGUGGCAUUGUUCUUACCAGUCUACAGCCAUAGCUCAAGAAAUAGAGAUAAGUAUUACCAACUUAAUUUUCAUGGAUCAUUUUAAUUACUGCAAAGCUAUUCAGAAUCUUUUGUACUUGUGAGUCUUUUUUACACUUAUGAAAGCCUAAACUUAGAAUAAGAAAAAUAAAAUGCCUGAAACCAUGA